ACACAGCAUCAGCAAUGGCGUGUAGCAAGGAGGAUAAAACAGUGGAGAUGAUUGGAGAAUUUGACGAAGAGCAACAGGAAGUGUUGAAAAGCUUGGCUGCUGCUCCCGGCGGGGCUCAAACAGAGCUACUGAAGAAGAUUCAAGAGUACGCAACAAAAAAUGUGGAGGCUUGGAAAAAGCAGAAAGUGAACGUAGGCAUCGUGGGAGACCCCGGAGCAGGAAAGAGCACCUUCAUCAACUCCAUUCGCGAGCUGAAGCCGAAUGAAAAGGGUGCAGCUAAAGUCGGCCUUUGUCACACUACAUCGGAAGUCACGGAGUAUCCUGAUCCAAAUCGCCCAAACAGCCUUUGCUUCGUCGACUUCCCCGGUGUCCUCCUGAAGAAAGGAACCUCAGACAAACACGCUUUCAACAUCAAGCAGUAUCUCGACAAACAUGGGAAAAAGAUGCAGCAAUGCCACGUGUUCCUGGUGUUCAGCAGCGGGCGCAUCCAGCACAACGCCGUGCAGAUCGGGAUGAAGGCCCGGGAUAUGGGGAAGAAGGUUCUGUUCGUCAGGUCACAGUUCGACAAAGAUUUGCAGGACAAGGAGAACGACGAUCCCGACUAUUUUGAGGGCAAGACAAAGGACCAAGCGGUGGCCAACUUGGUGGAAGAGCUUCGCGAGGACUACAUCAGCGUCCUGAAGCAGGUGGGAUGGGAAGGCGAGGUGCGAGCCACAGAUGUUUUCAUCAUCAGCGGUCGGUACGACAGCGUGCUGAAGGGCGAAUGGGACAUACCUAGCUUCAGGAAGGCCAUGUUCGGUGGUUUGAGUGCCUUUCAGAAGAUGGCUGUCAUCACCACCUGCCGAGACUUCUCCAAGGGCACCAUCAAGGAAAGGGGAGACAUCCUCAGGCGCCAGAUGGCAAACGUUGCCUGGGCAGCAACUAAAGGCUCCUUUGUUCCAUUCGUUGGCAUUAUUUCUGUUCCCGAUGCCCUCCAUUCGGCGUAUAGAAGCUACAAAGAGGCCUUUAACCUGACAGAACAUACGGUGGAACAACUCGCCAAGAUGACCAAGAAGAAUCCGCAGGAUCUCAAGAGGUUCGUGUCUGCAAGAUUGCUGGCCGGGACAGACGAUACCCUUGCUAGCUGUGGGUCUGAGGCAGUGGCAGUUGUGAGUACCAUUUCAGCUUGA